UAAAGAUCGAAUAUUUUCUUGUUCAAGAAGCUUGUUGAUAGCUUUUAAUCUUCUCUGUGAAAAAAUGAUGCAAAGAAGAGUCCAGAACCUCGAUUUAUUUUCUUGUCAAAUAGACAAAGGUGACAACGAACUGGGGCUUUGUACUUGUAUCUUCUUUGAUCCAGCAGAUGAGGAUGGAAAGGAACCAGGGGUUUUUAUAACUGAAAUUAUUGAAGGAGGUGCAGUUCACAAACUUGGAUGUAUCCGUGUAUUUGACCAGAUUAUUAAAAUAGGUGACAUCAAUCUAAUUGGAUUGGAUGAAGCAGAAAUCAUCUCUACUUUUAAAAAAAUGGACGAUUCUCCUUUCCAGAUUGAAAUUGGCCGCGAACCACCUGAAGUGAAGUCAAAACUUAUCGAACUCCUCGAGUUGUCAGAGGAAAGGAAGAAAUAUUUUAUGGAUUCGCUCAUAGUACAGGAAAAAAUUAGAGAUAUCACUAUUGUGAGAGGACAAGCAAGUAUUUGUAGAAGUCCAAGAGUACCAUGGUACUGGAUGGCCAGUGACCUGAAAUUUGUUAUUGGGGCACUGAAAAUAUUAAUAGAAGAAGAUCAGGGAUGUAGAAAAAACAUCCAAGCUAUCUUUGAGCAGGCUAACAUUUUUCAAGACAAAUAUAAAGACAUGAACACAUACAAAGUGAAUAUGGAACAGAAACCUGAUGAAUCAAAUAAAGAAGGCACAUUUUUACCAUUGGCCCCAGAAGAAGAAUUAUUACUAGAACAAUUUAAAAUAAAACCUAAAGAGAUAAAAAAUGAAGAUUUAUCACCAGGGCAAUUAUUAGCCCAAGGGGAUUUCAAUUCAGAGACCCCAAUAAAAAAAGAAAAAGAAGAAGAUGAAAUAGUAGUGGAGGAAGAGAUUAUUAGCACUGGAAAACCUACAGAUGGAAAGGCUAAAAAGAGAUUUUCCUGGUUCCGCAAUAUCAAAGAAUGCAAGCUGUGGAACUUCUUUCAUUUUAAAAAACAUGACAAACAAGUAAAGAAUGUGCACAAGUGGGAAGAAAUUGAUCAAGAGGUAUUGGAUGAUUACUGUCCUUAUUCUACUGAAGCCCCUAAAACAUUGCCAACAGAGUGGACAAAUAUUGAAGUUGGUAAUUGGUUAUGGAGCAUUGGAAUGGAGGAGUAUGUUGUAAAAUUUUAUUGUAAAGGAAUAAAUGGUGAAAAACUCCUUACACUGGACAAUUGCUCUCUAAAAGAAAUCGAAGUCAACAGGAAGAAAGACCGCCGGAAAAUACUUAAGGCUAUUAAGAAAGUUAGAGAUUUUUGGGAAAAAAAUCAUCAUUUCGUCUUACUAUAGAAAUUGAUGGAAAAAAGACACAGAAACUGAAAGAUAUGGCAAAAAUGGAAAAAGCAAUUAUUUUUGUUAUAUUUACUUUUCAUCAUUUUACUUCUAUGUUACUUUUGUUAUUGGAAAUUUUAAGGGAUUUUAGUUCCAUGUUAUUUUUGUUAUUAUUAAUUUUAAUCAUUUCACUUCUAUGUUACUUUUGUUAUUUGAACUUUUAAGGGAUUUUACAUCCAUGUUACUUUUGUUAUAUGAACUUUUAAUCAUUUUAUUAAUGUUACUUUUGUUAUUAUUAACUUUUAAUCAUUUCACUUUCAUGUUACAUUUGUUAUAUGAACCUUUAAGGGAUUUUACUUCCAUGUUACUUUUGUUAUAUAAAAUUUUAAGGGAUUUUACUUCAUUUGUAACUUUUGUUAUAUUUACUUUUAAGGGAUUUAACUUCCAUGUUACUUUUGUUAUAUGAACAUUUAAUGGAUUUUACUUCCAUGUAACUUUUGUUAUAUGAACUUUUAAGGGAUUUUACUUCCACGUUACUUUUGUUAUUAUUAAGUUUUUAACCAUUUCACUUCUAUGUUACUUUUGUUAUAUGAACUUUUAAGGGAUUUACUUCCAUGUUACUUUUGUUAUAUGAACUUUUAAUCAUUUUGUUACUAUUACCUUUGUUAUUAUUAACUUUUAAUCAUUUAACUUCCUUGUUACUUUUGUUAUAUGAACUUUUAAUCAUUUUAUUACUGUUACUUUUGUUAUUAUUAACUUUUAAUCAUUUCACUUCCAUGAAACUCUUGUUACAUGAACUUUUAAGGGAUUUUACUUCCAUGUAACUUUUGU